CGGGUCUCUCCAGCGGCAAGCAUUUGAUGGAAUCAGAAACAGUACCCGCGGCUAUGUUUCCAGACGGCCCCCUGUUUAACGACCAAUUCGGCCACGGCGACAACAGCACCUGCCGAUUCACUUCCUUCCCCAAACUCCCGGCCGAAAUCAGAGCCAAGAUCUGGCAAGAUGCCAUUGCGCAGCUCCCACACCGCCUGCUCUGCUUCACCGCCACGUACGGCCAGGAUGCGCCCUCGGUAAUGCUACGCCCGCCGCCUUUGUACGACGGCCACGACCCCAGAUUCCCCGUUUCGGACCAAAACUUUGGGGAAGACACAGGCGACGACCCUGCUGUCUUCGCGGCCCUCGCCCGUCGCCGCCGACUGGCCUGGUCGGCCCUUUCGCCGGCCUUCCUGCGCGUCAACGCCGAGUGCCGUGCCGAGUACCUGUCCGUGUACCGCGUCCCGGUCCCCUGCGAGAGGGGUGGCAGACUCACUGUUCACAUCAGCCCCGACCUCGAUCUCAUUGACUUCUUCCCGAUCGUCCCUGAGGGAACUGACGACUACAAUGAGGAUCCCACGACGUUCUGCGGGGGUCUCUUUGUCGAUUUCCUCGUCGGUCUGCGCGCACGGGAUCCGAAGCUCGUCGGCAUCACUCGGCUCUCACUGGGCGGGCAAUGGCGCGGAACCUGGGGCAGAUCCGAACACUUCGGUAGUCAUCUUUAUGCCCGGGGUUUCCUGUGCACCCUCUGGCCAUCCCACAUACAAGAGAUGAGGCCCGACACCCCCGAGUCCGCAGAUAUCUUUGCUAGCAUCAUAAAGGGGUUGAAGCUCUCCCUCCACAUUCGAAACUUGCGCUGCUGGACGUUAUGGAACAGAGAUGGACGAGAGUACGGCAUGCCCGAGGCGGAGGCCCACUUUGGAGUUUCAAUUCCUAUUAGGCCCGACAUCCAUCACGACGAUUCUCGCGAGGAGUCUCCUAUCACCCCGUCUUGCGAGGCAUGUGCCUACCGCAAAGACCUCGAAUCCACCCCCGCCGUGACCACCUUCACUUGGCUUGACCAGGACCCUCGUCCUUACGCUAGGCUGGACUUGCAACAAUUUCAAACCUUGGAUCAUCCCACCCGUUGCACCCGGGAUUGGCUUGCCUUUGAGGAACGAUUUGGCAUUCAGCGCGAUUCCAACGAUCCCUUUCAGUUUCUCAUAGCCUUUGGGCAUGAAUCGGGCAAGAUUAUCGACCGGGGUUGCGCCACGGCCCAUCUGGACCGAGAGUGGAAGUCAUGGCUCGAUCAAACCGCCGGCCUUGGGUAUCCUUCGUCGCUUGGAACGCUUUUGGAUCCGGAUGAGGCCCAAAUAGUGCUUCGGGAUGCGUUGCCGGUGUUUGGGCUGUGGGUGUUUCCUUGCUAUGCUUUUGGGGAGGCGACCGUGGACGGUCCUGGGAUACGUUAUAGCGAGGACGUAGUCACCAACCUUUCCAACACACCCCCGCAACUUCUCGUAGCAGAUUUGGCCUAAGCAAAAAAGAAACCCUUAUUUGCUCGCGCCAGACGACGGCCGUAAACACGCUCAUGCUAGCUCGUUUGCAAGGCGAAAGAAUCACUGCAAAGGUUGCAUUUGCAAGCGCCCACGGCCCCCACCUGGCGUCAAGUUGGUAGGCACUGUCUGCAACAGUAAGCUGCCCACCCAGCACUUUAGAUAGGCAUGGGGCUGGACCUUGGCGUAAGGCUGUGCCAACACCACGGCUUCUCGCCGCCUUGUCUUCCCUGCAAAUCCAUCCCCAUCACUCCGCACACGUGUUGAAGGCCGACUGAGCCUUGCCCCAUCGUUGCUGUGUGUUGGUAGCCUUAUUGCCCUUCGUCUUCGGUUCCGAUCAACAGCGCCCGGCAAGCAAUCGGGCCAUUUCUAAUAGCGGUGCCAACAAGCAAUAAGCAACAUGAAAUAAUUAGCAUGCCCUUGGAACUAGAGGGGUCUGCUUACUGCACUUCGUAAAGGCGUCGGUGUCUCGUUCUUCCGUUUUUAGUUUUAUUUUAUGGGGGACUGCUAUAAAGGCUAAUUCCUAGCUCCUUCAAUCGCAACGCGGUUUUUCGAAACGGGCCGAC